AAGAAAAGAAAUCCAGGAAAAACGAUAAGGAGAUGAUAUGUUUAAAAGUACUCCGUACUGACCAAGGAAUCACAUAAUAACAGGAAUCAGGAAACACCACAGACUACGUACUGCAACCACGGAAGGCCCACAUUUUUUUCUUGCGCCAAAACCGAAAGAAAAACCCCGAAACCAACAGUGGGUCAGUCCGGGUAUUGUCCAAUUAGUGCCGGAAAAGGGUUCUUGACAUAUUCUCUCUCACUUGCAUGCCAAAAGAGCGAGCGUUGCCAGCAGGAGUAGUAUGGCUCAUGGCAUGCCUAGCAAUGCUCAACCAGAAUCGGGCAUCGACGACUGGAGGGGCCCUGAUGAUCCCGACUGUCCAUACAACUGGCCGAUGUGGAAGCGCAUCUACAUGACCAGUAUUCCCGCAUUCCUCUGCAUUACUGUGUCCUUUGCCUCGUCCAUCUACACAUCUGGAGCCAAAGACAUUGGUCAACGGUUUGGCGUCUCCCACACGGCAGCUCUGCUGGGGCUUUCCCUCUUCCUUUGGGGUCUUGGUCUUGGGGCCAUCGUCGCGGCACCGGUCAGCGAGCAUUAUGGACGCAGAAUUGUAUAUCUCACGACGGUGCCCAUAUUCGGGCUGUUUAUCCUGGGCUCCGGCUUAGCAAAGAACUUUGCCACGUUGAUUGCCUGCCGCUGCUUGGGUGGUUUUUUUGGCAGCGCGGUCGUCUCAGUUGGUGGCGGCACAAAUGCAGACCUCUGGCCUCCUGCUCUGACAGGUCUUGUUUAUCCAUUCUAUUUCGUCUCGCCUUUCCUUGGCCCAGCCCUCGGACCGGUUAUUGGUGGCUUUGUCAGCGAGAAAAAGGACUUUCGCUGGCUCGAAUGGGUGAUUCUUUUCAUGGUCGCCUUCAGCUACCUUUACUCCAUCCCACAGUUUGAAACCUACAAGAAAACGAUCCUCCAAAAACGCAACCGUGCCGAGAAAAGAGCCAACCCCAGCACAACCCCGCAGCCAAAGCUCAAGUCUACGAUCCCUUCCGGCGCCGUCAUACAACGUAUCGUUCUCAAGCCGUUCAAAAUGCUCUUCUUUGAGUCAAUCGUUCUCUUUAUGACCAUCUACAUGGCGUUCAACUUUGCCGUGUUUUACAGCUUCUUUGCUGCCUUUCCGUAUGUCUUUGGCCGCCAGUACCACUUCAACCCCGGUCAGGAAGGCCUCACCUUCAUCCCGAUAGCGCUGGGCUGUGUAAUUGGCUUCCUUGCCGUAGUCUACAUUGACCGAAGAACAUACCCCGCCCUCGAAGCAAAGUAUGGUGCUGUGCCCCCCGAGUACCGUCUCUACGGUGCAAUGGUUGGCUGUGCCCUCAACCCUGCCAGUCUCUUCUGGUUUGGGUGGACGGCAGAUGCAGGUGUGUCCUGGGUGAGUCCUGUUAUUGCGGCUGUGCCAUUCGCGGUCGGCAACAUCAUGGUGUAUAGUAGCGGGGCGCUUUAUAUCAUGAACUCGUAUGGGUCAUUGCAUGGGGCAAGUGCCCUCAGCGCAAAUAGUCUGCUUCGGUACGCAGCUGGCGGUGCGUUUCCAUUGUUUACAGUACAGAUGUUCUCGGUUCUGGGGAUUGGGUGGGCAAGUAGUUUGCUGGGGUUUGUGUCGGUGGCACUGGUGCCAGUGCCGUGGGUGUUGUAUAAGUACGGCCAUAGGAUUAGACAGCAUAGUCGGUAUAUCACCAUUCCGAGAGCGGAGGCUCCAUUAGAGGAUGGCGUGAGGGUAUAAAAUAGUUGUAGAACGGGUAGUGCUCGGGCCGGGCCCUCUAUCAUGUUCCUGAUCAACCUUCUAGAUUGAGUUAAGGUU